AUGAGUUCGAGAAAUUCACCUGAACUUGAACUAUUCGAGUCUAUAUCCGAUGAUUCUAUGGGUCAAAGCCCCUUAUUUUCUUAUCGCUGUGCCGGUUAUUCGCCCAUUCAAAUUAUGGGAUCAGACUAUAAUCGUUUAAAAGAUGAUGAUGAGUUAAAUGACAAUCUUAUUGUGUUUUAUAUGAGGUAUUGCCUGGAAAAACUUCGUAAAAAUAAUGAGGAUGAUGCAAAAAGAUAUUAUCUUUUCGAUUCAUUCUUUUAUCAAAAAUUAUCAGAUGUGAACAAUAAUUUUAGCAGAAACAAAAGUAAGGUUUAUGAAACAAUGUCAAGGUGGAUCAAAGUUGAUCUCCUUAAAUAUCAAUAUAUAUUUUUUCCGAUUUGUGAAGAUCAACAUUGGUAUUUAGUACAAAUCAUCAAUCCGGCUGCAAUUAUUGACAGUCCACUUGAUUGUCAUAUAGCGAUUUAUGACUCCAUUGCACCAAGGUUUAAGCAUAGACGUGCUGUGAACAUACUUAAAAAUUUACUAAUCGAUUAUGUGCAAGAUGUUAAAGGUGAAACAAUUAAUAAAAGCGUAAAGAUUUCGCACUCGAUCGUAAAUACACCAAAACAGUUAAACACAGUCGAUUGUGGAGUUUAUAUUCUACACUUUAUAGAAACAUUCAUGGAGAAUUCUAGUGAACUCGAACAAAAAAUUAUUGACAAAGAUACUGAUGAAGAUCAAUGGAACCCUGACGCUUUACCUACAAAACGUCAAACAAUUUUAGAAAUAAUAAAGAAUAUAGAAACCGAAUAUCAAACGUAA